UUACAGAGAAAUAAUGGUGUGGAGAGGAUAGGAAGAGACAAUCUCUCUAUAUAUAGGACGAGAGGCUAGGAGCUCUUAGUGCAUCUUCAUCCAUCCUCAUUUUACUCCUAUCUCUAUCUCUAACACCCUUUUUCCUUCAGAAUGGGAAGCGCUGGUGAAACCAAUCUCGGAGAUUACACCUAUGAGGGUUUGGAAAGAGAGCCUUACUGGCCUUCUGAGAAGCUGAGGAUUUCAAUUACUGGUGCUGGUGGUUUCAUUGCGUCUCACAUCGCAAGGCGUUUGAAGAACGAGGGUCAUUACAUAAUUGCUUCAGAUUGGAAGAAGAAUGAACAUAUGACUGAGGAUAUGUUUUGUCAUGAAUUUCAUCUUGUUGAUUUAAGGGUGAUGGAGAACUGUCUUAAAGUUACAAAUGGAGUUGAUCAUGUUUUCAAUCUUGCUGCUGAUAUGGGUGGUAUGGGUUUCAUUCAGUCGAAUCACUCUGUUAUCAUGUAUAACAACACUAUGAUUAGUUUCAACAUGAUUGAGGCUGCUAGGGUCAAUGGAAUUAAAAGGUUCUUUUAUGCUUCAAGUGCUUGCAUUUACCCUGAAUUUAAGCAGUUGGAAACUAAUGUGAGCUUGAAGGAAUCUGAUGCUUGGCCUGCAGAGCCACAAGAUGCUUAUGGUUUGGAGAAGCUAGCUACAGAGGAACUAUGCAAGCACUACACAAAGGACUUUGGAAUUGAAUGCCGCAUUGGCCGCUUUCACAAUAUCUAUGGACCUUUUGGAACAUGGAAGGGUGGAAGAGAAAAGGCUCCUGCUGCCUUCUGUAGGAAGGCCCUCUGUUCUACUGAUAGAUUCGAGAUGUGGGGAGAUGGUCUGCAAACUCGAUCUUUUACUUUCAUUGAUGAGUGUGUCGAAGGUGUUCUGAGAUUGACAAAAUCGGAUUUUAGAGAACCAGUGAACAUUGGAAGUGAUGAGGAUGUAAGCAUGAAUGAAAUGGCUGAGAUUGUUCUGGGCUUUGACGAUAGGAAACUCCCAAUUCAUCAUAUUCCUGGUCCAGAAGGUGUUCGUGGUAGAAACUCGGACAACACUCUUAUUAAAGAAAAGCUGGGAUGGGCCCCUACCAUGAAACUGAAGGACGGUCUGAGAUUCACUUAUUUUUGGAUCAAGGAGCAAAUCGAGAAGGAGAAGGAGAAGGGUACUGAUCUUUCGGCCUAUGGGUCAUCGAAAGUUGUGGGAACUCAAGCUCCGGUCCAGCUUGGGUCUCUUCGGGCAGCAGAUGGCAAGGAAUGAGCUCGGGUCUAUUGGGUCUUUGUUCAAUGCAAUUUCUUGUUUGUGUGGCAUUUUAUUGAAAUCUACUUAUAACUACUAUGUUUGAAAAGCCUACUAGUUUAUGAAUGGUUGUUGGUUUGUGUGUUGUAGAGAAUGAAGAUCAUCUUCUUCUUACUCUUCUUCUUCACUAUUUGCUACCUUUUUUAAGUAUUAUGGCCAUUCUAGUGGUGCUUAUCUUCCUAUCUUUUGGAUGAAAUGAAAGCAUGAGCUAAUAAUAAUCAUCUUUUUCAUCCUUCAA